UGUCUGAUUAGCUUGCAUGCACCUUUUUGUGAUUCGUGUUACUUGUCAUAACAAACAUGAGGUACAAAAUGAUGAAUAACAUGUUGCAAGGUUUUUACAACAAGCAACAUAGCAAAAUGAGAGGUUUAUACAUAGAUGGAUUAAUGGAUUAUAAUUGGGAUACAAAGUUGGUGAUUAUAAGAGUAGACCAUUCUUGGGUUUUGAAGUUUAUGGCUCGUGCAACAAUAUUAGCAUUGGUAAUUGUUUCUUUACCUUGGAUUAAUACGAUAAUUGGGUACUUAUCAUCGCGAUACGAGUCUAAUUAUGCUUAUCAAGUUGAUCAUGAGAUGGUUUAUAAUCCAAUUAAGUUGGAGUUUUUGCCUAUGAUUUUUCAAGAUUUGGCUAAUGAAAGACUUAUAAGAAUGGGUGAUAGGUCCCUUCUUGUUAGCAAUGGCAAUGAGGAAGAAAUUUAUAAUUCUCAAGUUGUUAAAGAUUAUAAUCCUAAUUUGAUUUCAUUUUCAGAUUCUACGCAACAAAAUCUUGUCCCUAAUGAAACUUUUGAUUUUGUUUUGGCCUAUGGUUAUCCUCAAUUAUCAAAUUUUAUUGAAAGAGCUUUGAAAGUUGGUGGUAUUCUAGUUGUACCACUAAGUGACAAUCCUUUGGUUGAUGAAUUUCCACAUCCAUCAAAUUACAAGAUUGUCUAUGUUAGAAAAUUUGAUUCAACUAUUGUAGCCAUGAAGAAAAUAAAGAAUGCCUCUAUCAACUCUUCUACGCGGCGACUUCUUGAAACUAAUACAGAAAAGGUGUCUGGUUCGAGCUUUGGGAACAGAAAGGUUUUUAAUAAGGAACCAAGUGCGAAAAAGGCAGCACUAAAGAAACUAGAAGAUGUACUACUUGAACCACCAAGAGCAGCAUCAGGAAAAUCGAGUAGAUAUUUAAAAAAGACACAUUUUUUACCUGAUUUAAUGGGGGUUUCCCUAGAGAGUUACCCAAGAAGGGUGUUCAUUGAUGUUGGUUUACAAGAAAAGAAUGAAAAAUCAAGUGAUAAUUAUCAUUCUGCUUGGUUUACAAAGCAUUAUCCAACAAGAAACACAAAAUUUGAGAUGUUCAAGAUUGAGACUAUAAAUGAAGAAUCAAGUGGAAAAGAGAUACCAUUGAGUACUAUUAACAUGUCUGAUUGGUUACAAAAAAAUGUAAAAGAAAAUGAGUAUGUGGUAAUGAAGGCAGAGGCUGAUGUGGUUGAAGAAAUGGUGAACAAUAAAAGUGUUAAGUUGAUUGAUGAACUUUUCUUGGAAUGUAAACAUCAAGGAAUUAAAAAAAGUGAUAAGAAAAAUAGGAGGGCAUAUUGGGAAUGUUUAUCAUUGUAUGGAUUGUUGAGAGAUGAAGGUGUUGUUGUGCACCAAUGGUGGGGUUGAUGACUACGACAACAAUAAU